CAAAGUUUUGCGGUGGGAUUUAAUAUUCGACCGGAGUUCGGAUCUUGGAUGCAAUCAAAAUCCCAUCUUGACUUUAAAUUUUCCUUGCAUUUUCACAUUUUCUGUGAAUCUCACUCAGAGCAUGGACUCUAAAGAAACAGAGAGAUUUGUUGAAGAAUCUCUCUCGAGUUCGUCCAAAAAAUCCGAACCCAUUUUGAGCCAAGAAGAACACCAUCAUUCACCGCAAACCUGUGUCAAGAACAACCCUUUUUCAAUCUUUCUUGAACCAUUUCAAUGGCUGCAGAUGCUUUCAGACCAACUAAACCCCACCUUCAUUUUCGGCAUAGUCGUCGUUUAUGGCCUCAGUCAAGGCUUCUCCGGCUCCUUCUUCAGAGUAGUCACUGACUACUACUGGAAGGAUGUCCAGAAAGUCCAACCGUCGGUGGUGCAGAUGUACAUCGGCCUAUACUACAUUCCUUGGAUAAUGAAACCUAUCUGGGGUUUAUUUACCGACGUGUUUCCGAUUAAAGGGUAUAGAAGAAGGCCUUACUUUGUGGUCGCCGGAGUUGUGGGGUGCGUCUCUGCUCUGAUGGUUGCUCUGCUCGGUAAUCUUCCGGUGGCGUUGGCGUUGGGGUGUUUGAUUGGAGUUGCGGCUGGCAUGGCAGUGGCGGAUGUGACUAUUGAUGCUUGUAUUGCAAAAAAUAGUAUUGAGAUCCGGGCAUUAGCACCGGACAUGCAAAGCCUUUGUGGGUUUUGCUCCUCCGCCGGCGCUCUUAUUGGGUACUCUACCAGCGGCUUUUUUGUUCACCAUCUUGGAGCUCAGGCAGCUUUGAUUCUUCUGGCAAUUCCUCCCGCUUUCAUUAUUUUAUUAGGCUUUGUGAUCUAUGAAAUGAAAUCUACAACGCUCCAUUCUGAUCAGAAGCAGAAGCCAGUGGAAAACUUGGGAAUAGCAGUAAGGGGAAUGUAUCAGACAAUCAAGUAUCCUCAAGUGUGGAAGCCAUCACUUUACAUGUUCCUCUCUCUGGCGCUAAGUAUAAGUACUCAUGAAGGGCAGUUUUAUUGGUACACUGAUCCUAAAGCCGGCCCUGCAUUCUCUCAGGAAUUUGUCGGCAUGAUAUAUGCAGUGGGUGCAAUGGCUUCAAUGGUGGGGGUCCUCAUCUACCACAAGGUACUAAAGGACUACCCUUUCAGAAACCUUCUCUUCUUUGCUCAACUUCUCUAUGGCCUGUCUGGAAUGCUCGAUCUCCUCUUCAUCCUCCGAUGGAACUUAGCCCUCGGCAUCCCAGAUUCCUUCUUCGUGAUCUCAGAAGAAUGUGUUUCGCGAAUAAUAUCCAGAAUCAGGUGGAUCCCCAUGAUUGUCCUGAGCACAAGGCUUUGUCCUCUAGGCAUCGAAGGCACAUUCUUUGCACUCUUGAUGUGCAUAGACAGCUUUGGCUCACUCACCUCCAAAUGGGGAGGAGGAAUGGUGCUUCAUGUGUUGAAUGUCACAAGGACUGAUUUCACAAAUCUAUGGCUGGUUAUUCUGAUAAGGAAUUGUCUGAGACUUGCAACAUUGGGUUUGAUUUUUCUUGUCCCAAAGGCUGAUCAAUUGGAUGCACUGAUUCCUCAUGAUCUCUUGACGAAGAAUUCAGCGCAAACUGGAGAUGAUGAGGAGAUUGAACUUGUCCCCAAUAAUGACAAAGAUGUAGUCUAAAUCUAAAUGGAAUCGUUGAGAAAUCAAAUUUCCACUAUUCAAAAAGAUUGUGUACCAAAUAACAGAAAACAAAAGCUUUUAGGUGAGAACUGCCUCUGUAUAUAAAUAUACGGAAUACUAGCCA